ACGACGUCUGUCUUUCAAAUGCUUCAAGUAGGAAGUGAAUUCGUCACUUCGCGAGACAAACUAUGUUGGAGAAAAUCCAAUAUUCAUUAAUCGUUGACUGGUAUAAAACAUGUUUGGCUGUGAGUACUUACCAUAUAACAAUUAGCAGCACUGAAAAUCUGACGGACAUCAGGUUAUAAGCAGGUAGGACGGUGUUUCAGACCAUGGUCACUGUCGGACACCCCAGUGCCUCCAAGGAGGGCACAGAGGCCAUCGUGCCUCAGGAACAAGAUCCAGAGAAGAGAAGAUUUCGGUCCCACUCCCAACUAUAUGGAGCCAUCGGGGACAGCAUAGGCAAUGUAGGAGAUAACUGCCCGACUUGUCGGGGAAUAGGGCGUAUUCCAAGAAAACAUGAUCAGCUAGUGGCAGUCAUCUCAUGUUCAGACAAAAGACUGAGGCCCAGCCGCACGAAACUCUACGUGUGUAGCUCGGUGGUGCUGUGUCUCCUGAUCUGCUUUCUGAUCCUCUUCUUCCUCUUCCCACGGAGUAUCUCACUAUCCCCUGUCACCGUCCAAUCAGUGAUGGUCUUCUUCACCCCAAACAAAGUUGAAAUGCAAGUCACUAAUGUUUUCAACUUCACCAAUGACAAUUUUGCGGAGAUGGAAGUCUUGGACUUUGAUAUGCAAGUCCUGAUCGAUGAAACCGUGAUGGGCAGAAUCAAGAUAUCUAAUAUGACCUCGGUCAAAUCACGUUCAGAGAAAUUGUAUACUGUUGUCAUACCCAUAAUAAUUGAGGACCCAGGCCUGAAUAAUUACUGCAAGUCAACCUCCAUAAGGAUUCACACCUUGUUCUUACUUUUGCAAAUGACAAUGAAUGUGUCCUACCUGGCUCACUCAGAGCAGCUGUCCAAAGACACAUUUGAGUACAUUGACUGUGGAGCCAACACCACCAUUCCCCACCCUAUCGGGCAAAUGAUUUUUGAACGAUGAAAGCCUGGCAACGAGGGAUUCCCAAAGUGAAAAUAUGUAUUAUAAACAAGAUAGACACAUCAAAGGGAAAUGUAUACGUAUUGUAGUAGACAAUAUGAAUAAUUAUAGUAUUGUCCUCUGCUCUGCCCACAUUAUUUGCUGUGCAAUAUUCUUCUAAAGUAGUUUUCUGAAUUAUUUAUGAACUGUGAAAGUACACGUUGGUUGUUUUAACAUAAUUGUAGGGAUUUAGAACAUAUAUAUGAGAUGUGUGAUAAUGAUUCAGAAUACAAAUUAAAUUCCACAAGACAUG